AUGAAACUGGCUGGUUUCCUACGAAGUUACGUGGCUUCGGCUUUAUUAGCUUCUUUACCUAUAACCGGGGCUACCAUAGAUAAAUGCGAUGGAGUCUUGGUCUCGGAGACACUUCCUGUCCUUAUAAACUCGACUGCCCUCCACGAGCAUUUACAGGCAUUGCAAAAGAUCGCAGACGCACACCAUGGGAACAGGAUAACAGGCUCCGCUGGCCACAACCAAACUAUACAGUAUAUUCAAGAUCACAUGAAGUCCCAGGGUUACUACGUGGAGGUCCAGCCUUUCCACGAUUUAAUACAAAUCAACAGCAAAGCUACCUUGUGGGCGAACGGUGAAGCUUUCGAUGUUGAGCCGAUGGGAUGGUCUCCCGAAUGCGCUUUUACUGAACGCCCCCUCAUAGCCGUUAAUGGGGUAGGAUGUAAAGCUGCUGACUACCCGCAAGAGGCUUUAGAUGCGGUUGUAAUAGUUGGUGCAGGCGGCUGUUCUCUCUCCGACAAGUCGAUAGCUGCGGGUGAAGCUGGAGCCAUAGGCCUCUUAAUGUAUGAGUUCACGCAGCUCACUCCAUGCUUAGGCGGGCUGAACGAUCGUCAUAUCCCAUCGGCAAAAAUAGCUUACAGGGAUGCCGAACGCAUACUGGCGCAUAGACUUCCCCUAUCCGAAUAUGGAAACAGGGACAAGAUGUUGUUGGUUGGUACGCAUACUGAUUCAGUCAGUUCAAGCCCAGGCAUCAAUGACAAUGCCAGUGGUGUAGCCAGUCUUCUAGAGGUUGCUACACAGCUCUCAAGGUUCAAAACAAAUUCGACAGUCAAGUUCGCCUUUUGGACGGCCUCAGAACCAUGUUUACUAGGCUCCAAACACUGGAUGUAUACUACCCACAAGGAAGAGCUUCGGGAAAUCCGCCUUUACCUCGAUGCCAACAUGCUUGGCUCACCUAAUGGCGCCCUUAAGGUAUAUGACGGGCAUGGCUCCUCUUUCGGGACACCUGGACCACAUGGCUCCAGAGAAGCCGAGGCAAUUCUAACACAAGGGUUUGAGGCUCAGGGCGUCAAUUUCACAAGGACCGAGAUCAGCAACCGUAGCGACUACGCUACAUUUUUUGACGCCCAAAUCCCUUUUGCGGGUCUUUUCAGCGGCGCCAACGGAUUGAAGACAUGGAAGGAGGUAGGUAUGUUCGGAGGUGAUGCCGGGGUUCCAUACGACGCCAACUAUCACGAGCCGGACGAUAAUAUAAAGAACAUCAAUAUGAAAAUCCUGUUACAAAACACAAAGGCAUUAGCCCACGCCGUUGGAGUUUACGGAAGAAGCCUCGACAACUUUCCGGCAUCAGCGAUCCGGCAUUACGGCACGUCAACAGGAUAUCUAUACCCACUGCUGGCCUCAGCAUGGGUUGCAUACUACUUGUUGUCCUAA